AUUAGUUUUACCGGUUUCUAUUUGUCGAGCUCAUUUUAAAUUUUUGGGACAAUUCAAACUUUCAUUCAUAUAUAUAUCCUCCAAAGUAUCCUUUAUUUUCAAUUAUCAAUUUGAUUUCUUGUUUUAGGUUUUCUUUUUUGUUUUUCUUUAUAAUUAUCUUUAUCUUCAAUCAACAAUGCCUGAAAAAGAAUUAGAUUAUAUCAGAUCAAGAGAAGUUGCUGCUGAUGGCUCUUCUACCGAAAAGAACGGUGGUGUCUACAUCGAUGCCUUUGAUGAUAAACCACAAUUAACCGGUUUUGCUAAAAUCAUUGAUGGUUUCAAAAGAGCUGAUGCUGCUGAUUUAGGUCUCGAUCCAAAUUUAUCAGAUACUGAAAAAAUUGCCAUUAUGACUGCUAACUCUCCACUUUCAAGAUCUUUAAAAAAUAGACAUUUACAAAUGAUUGCUAUUGGUGGUGCCAUCGGUACUGGUUUAUUCGUUGGUGCCGGUUCUUCUUUGGGUACGGGUGGUCCAGCUGGGGUUAUUAUUGCUUAUAUUAUCAUUGGUACUAUGAUCUAUUGUACCUGUCAAUCUUUAGGGGAAUUAGCUGUUACUUUCCCAGUUGCUGGUGCUUUCGUUACCUAUAAUUCUAGAUUUAUUGAACCAUCAUGGGGUUUCUCUAUGGCUUGGAAUUAUGCUAUGCAAUGGUUAGUUGUCUUACCUUUGGAAUUGGUUGCUGCCGCUAUCACUAUUCAAUAUUGGGAUGCCCACACUAAUUCUGCUGCUUUUGUGGUUAUCUUUUAUGUUUUAAUCUGUUCUAUUAAUUUCUUCGGUGUUAGAGGUUAUGGUGAAGCUGAAUUCUUUUUCUCAAUUGUUAAAGUUUUAGCUGUGUCAGGUUAUAUCAUUUUAGGUAUAAUUUUAGCUGCCGGUGGUGGUCCAAAAGGUGGUUACAUUGGUGGUAAAUACUGGCAAAACCCAGGUGCCUUUGCCAAUGGUUUCAAAGGUGUUUGUUCAGUUUUCGUUACUGCUGCUUUUGCCUUCGGUGGUACCGAAUUAUGUGGUUUAGCUGCUGCCGAAACCGCUAACCCAAGAAAAUCCUUACCAAAAGCUACCAAACAAGUUUUCUGGAGAAUUACUUUAUUCUACGUUGUUUCUUUAACUUUAGUCGGUUUAUUAGUUCCAUAUAAUGAUCCAAGAUUAAUUGCCAACAGUUCUGAAGAUGCUUCAGCUUCUCCAUUCGUGUUAUCUAUUGUUGAUGCUGGUAUCUCUGGUUUACCUUCAGUUAUGAAUGUAGUUAUUAUGAUUGCUGUGUUAUCUGUCGGUAACUCUUCAGUUUUCGGUUCUUCAAGAACUUUAGCUGCUUUAGCUGCUUCUGGUCAAGCCCCAAAAAUUCUUGGUUACAUUGAUAAACAAGGUAGACCAUUAGCUGGUAUUAUCGUCCAAUGUGUCUUUGGUUUAUUAUGUUUCAUUACUGCUUCCAAUCAAUCUAAUACUGUUUUCAAUUGGAUGUUAGCUUUAUCUGGUUUAUCAUCAUUAUUUACUUGGGGUUCAAUUAAUAUGUGUUUAAUUAGAUUCAGAAGAGCAUUAUAUGUUCAAGGUAGAACUACUGAUGAAAUCGCUUGGACUUCCCAAGUUGGUGUCUAUGGUGCUGCUUACGGUGUCUUAGUUAUUAUUCUUGUUUUAAUUGCUCAAUUCUGGAUUGCCUUAUUCCCAUUAGGUGGUUCUCCAAAUGCUGCUGAUUUCUUCAUGGCUUACUUAGGUGCUCCAGUUGUUAUCUUUUUCUGGAUUAUCCACAAAUUAUGGAAGAGAGAAUGGAGAUUAUUCAUCAGAGCCAAGGAUAUCGAUAUUGAUACUGGUAGAAGAGAAUUAGAUUUAGAUUUAUUAAAACAAGAAAUUGCCGAAGAAAAGGCUUACGUUGCUUCCAGACCUUUAUACUACAGAUUAUGGAACUUCUGGUGUUAAGCUAACCUUCACGAAUGGAAUAAAUUUAGUAUUUUUAAAAGAUUCUAAGACUUCAUAUUUUCCAGGGUUCAGUGGGUUUUAUAUAAAUGUAUUUCUACAAUCGUUAUUUCAAUUCUAAAUUAUUUAACUAUAUACUAUUUAUUUUAGUAUUUUCUUAUUCUUAAUUAUAUAUAAUUUUAAUUCAAUAUUUUUCAAAAUGUUUCAAAUGCACCCAAUGUAAAUAAUAACCUUUGAUAAAUGUGUUAGUCGUUAGGAAACAUAAUUUAAGGUUAUGGUUAAUCGUUGAUUAGCCGAGGAAUGAUUAGCCUCUUAAAUUCGUAAUUGAAUUAAGAUCAAAAUAGAGACACAAACCUUAGAGAUUGUUGUUAGCGGCUAUCAAAAACGCUCUAUCUGUAUAUUUUGUGGAGCAAAAAAUAUUUUUAAAUCUACGGCAC